AUGGGAUACUGUGGUGAUGUAUGUCCAGCAAUAUUCCAGUCACAACCGUGCGUUUAUCAGGAGGGUGGUCAGAACUUCGCUUUACUAAAUCAAAUGACCGGUAGUCCAAGUGCGACAGUGGUUUGUUGCUGUGACAAUGAUCUUUGUAAUGGAGUCAGAUCGAUGAUGAACGCAAAACUUUGCUUAAUUUGGUUGAUUGUGGCACUAGACUUGGUCGUAUUGUUAGAUUAUUUUAAUUGA